AUUUCUACCAUGGGUGCAGUUGACUUUAAAGUAUGAUACGCAUUAUACGUAUGAUUGUACGAUACACCAAAAAUCGUCGAGUUACCCAUCACUAAUGUACAUAUAACUUAACUCGACCAAAUUAGAUAAACAAUAUUUAUUAAAUACAAUAUUACAAUUAAAGAUAAUAUAAAAGAUGGUAAUUCAAAUUGGCCGAGUGAUCGGAAAAAAUUUAACUUUUUUAAGUGCAUCAGCAUCAGCAUGUCAAUUGCAACAAAAUCGUUUAACACAAUCUUGGCGACUUAUUGAAAAACCAAAACCAGGAGUUGAUGGUAAAAGUUAUCGUAGAAUUGUACAUUUUACAGAUGAAUAUACAGUUAAGCCUUUGCAGGUUACAAAUCUUGCUGGUCGUGAUCCAGUUACCGGUAGAGUGGUAGCAAAGGGAAUUGGAGGAGGCAUAAAACACAAAUAUCACUGGAUUCAUUGGAUCAGAGAUGGACCAACUGAUCCCAAUGAGCCGCCAAAAGAAGAAAAAGUACUCGACAUAUUUCAAGAUGGUUGUCGAACAUCGUAUGUUGCUCUCGUUGGUCAUGGUACUCAAUUAAAAUACAUACUUGCAACUGAAAAUAUGAAACCAGGUCAAAUAAUAAAAACAUCAAAAGCAAUACCGCGUAUGCCAGUUAGAGCAUUUGAGGGGGAUUGUUAUCCACUUGGUGCCUUACCUAUUGGCACAACAGUUCACUGUGUAGAAAAAUAUCCAGGUUUUGGUGGUAUGCUAAUACAUGCUGCUGGCACAUGUGGCACAAUUGUCAGAAAAGAUGGUUUUGAUCGUGUUAUUGUACGAAUGCCGAGUAAAAAAUUAUUUAGUCUUCACAAAACUUGUCUGUCCUGUGUCGGACGUUUAUCAAAUAUCGAACAUGGAAAUACACCAAUUGGCAGUGCUCAAAGAAAUCGUGAACUUGGUAAUAGACCAAGAAGUGGUCUUUGGCAAAGAAAAAGUGGUAGACAUGGUAGAAAAAUUUAUCCAUUACCUCCAGUUAGAGCUUUUGAUGUCAACGGAAAAGAGUAUUCUAAAGAACCAAUCUUUAUGUGGGACUCUGAAUUUAAUACCAACGAAGAUGCUAUCAGAAAACCUCUCACAGUCUAUCAAGGCCAUAAAGCAUUGCACAAAAAUAUUGAGUCUGAUUGAAGUAAGAUUCUCGGCCAAUAUUAAUAUUCAUUUUAAUUGUAUUUUCAAGAUGAAGAAAAUGUAAACAUCUUCAGAAUAUUAAAUAAAUUACAUAAUAAAUAAAAUGUUAUCGUACGAGUGCGUUUUAUUUAUUGUCAUAACUUUUAUUGUAUUGAGCACACAUUAUAUUAUCAUUAUUAUUACGAUAUACGGCUCAACCGCAUCACACUAGUUAUAAUUUUAUUUUAUAAUAUAUGCAGAAAAAAAUUCUUCAAAAUUUUUGUCGAGAUUCAACAAAUAGGUACAUAAAUUUGUUACAAUAAAAAGCAAUAUGAUAAUUUAAUGUCAACCGUUAUUGAAAAAAAUUAAAAACUUGAAUAAAUAAAAAUCUUUUGUUAUAAAUAA